AGAGCGGGUGAACCUGCCGAGUGGCUGCCGGAGCAAUGACAGCCAGCUGGGUACCGACUCGGACCGAAGGGCUGCGUUCCUACCGGCGAGGUGACAGCUGACGGUCUUCACACUUUGUUUUCAGAGUUCUUUUUUUACAAAAAAAAAUUCGAAAUAACAUUUGACGCCAAAGAGGGAAACCUACGGUGAAGUGACAUGGGUGCUGAAGUGGACCCGGCGGUGUCCUCUGGAUGUUGCGGUAGUACUGCGACCCGUACCGGGCUUGAGUGCUUGCUGUGGACACGCUGCUUGUUUCUGCGUGGGAAAUGAUUCGCCGUGGAGAAGAAGGAUAAAGAUAACGUUUUUAUUUUAUUUUUUUAUUAUUUUAUUUUACCGCUCUACUGUGAAAUCCUCCAUCAAGUGUUGUUUUCUAGGACCUGCUGUGGACCGUGUUGUGGACUGUGUUGCUUCCCGGUGCCAUGGGCUGCAUCCAAAGCAUCAGGUGCAAGCCCAAGACUUUUCGUGACAGCAUCGCGGUCCUGGAGGUGAACGCUUCCAUCGACUCCAACCCCACCAGCAUCGACGAGUCCUCCGGUGUGGUCCUGCGCUACCGGACGCCGCACUUCCGCGCCCAGGCCCGGGUCCUGGUGCCGCCGGUGGCCGGUAAAGAGACGUGGACCGUCGGUUGGAUUCAAGCUUGUAACUACAUGGAGUUCUAUAACACGUACGGCAGCAAAGGGAUGUCCAGUUGGGAGCUCCCUGAUCUCCGCGAUGGAAAGAUCCAGGCCAUCAGCGACUCAGACGGUGUCAACUACCCCUGGUACGGGAACACCACGGAGACCUGCACCAUCGUAGGUCCCACCAGGAAGGAAAGCAAGUUCACCGUUAGCAUGAAUGACAAUUUCUACCCUAGUGUCACCUGGGGUGUGCCGGUCUGCGACAGCAACGCACCUCAGCUCAGCGGCAUCCGCCGAGACCAGAGCUUCACCACCUGGCUGGUGGCCAUCAACCAGGCCACCUCGGAAACCGUGGUGCUGCAGACCAUCCGCUGGAGGAUGCGGCUUCACAUCCAGGUGGACCCGGAGAAGCCUCUGGGUCAAAGGGCGGCUCUAGACGAGCCGUUCGCCCAAGAACAGCCGCAGAUUUUAGGCAAAAACGAGCCCAUCCCGUCCAACGCCAUGGUCAAGCCCAACGCCAACGAUGCGCAGUUGCUCAUGUGGCGGCCCGACGUCGGGGACCCUGUGUUGGUCAUCCCACCUAAAUACUGACCGCACACUUUCCAUGCUGGAACAUCAUUUUUUAUGUUAAAAAUCGACACCAGCUGUGAUGACUUUAGGGACGUAACAAAAAACCACAACCAUUCUACCUUGAAUCGGGGUCGGGUCUCACUGUGCGAAAUUAAGUCAGUGACUUCAGUUUAGGUUUGUGUGGAUUUCUAUUAUUUCAGUCACCACGACUGAGCGUUAAUUUUUUUUGUUUUUAUUCAUAAGCUGCGAGUGUCCACUUUUGUAUUUGCGUGUCAGUGUGCGGAUCCUUUUUUUUUUUUUUUUUUAAGCCUAACGCAAGAUGUUCAAAUCCAUGCUGCCUUACAUUUACAUCGCUUUCUCUACUCCGAAACCCUUGAGCCUUAAACUAAGUGCAAUGCAGUAUUUUUGUUUGCCCCCCGUCCGUGUUUUCUCUGCAUUUUUUCCGGUGCCGCAUUUGUGGGUCCGUAACAGAAACUUGUUGUUAAAGGGAAGAAAGUUGAAGCUUUUGCAACUUAAAAAAGAAAGUUAGUGUUUAAUUCGCUAAACUGUCAUGUAAAAAAAUGAAUGAGGACAUUCCAUGGGCCAAACGGCUUUGUGGCGCCCCCUAUUGGUUGUGGUCAAUUAGUCGUGCUUGAUCGCGCUUUUAAAUUUUACACACACUUUGUUUGUCAAAUUCCAUAGAGAUUCACCUUAACACCUUUAAUAAGGACAAUAGAUUCAAUUUCUAAAGCGGAAAACCCAUUAUUUGUUCACGGCGGUAACCCAGCAAGAACAAUAUGUUGAAACAACGUAGAGCAUACUUGCCAACCCUCCCGAUUUUUCCGGGAAACUCCCGAAAUUCAGUGCCCGUCCCGAAAAUCUCCUGGGGCAACCAUUCUCCCGAAUCUCUCCCGAUUUACUGCUGGACAACAAUAUUGGCGGCGUGCCUUAAAGGCACUGCCUUUAGCAUCCUCUACAACCUGUCGUCACGUCCGCUUUCCCUCCAUACAAACAGUGUUUUGGCCCAGUCAUAUAAUAUAUGUGGCUUUUACACACACACCUAAGUGAAUGCAAAGCAUACUUGGCCAACAGCCAUACAGAUCGGUGGCCGUAUAAACAACUUUAAAACUGUUACAAAUAUACGCUACACUGUGAACCCACACCAAACAAGAAUGACAAACACAUUUCGGGAGAACAUCCGCACCGUAACACAACAUAAACACAACAGAACUAAUACCCAGAACCCCUUGCAGCACUAACUCUUCCGGGACGUUACAAUAUACACCCCCCGCUACCACCAAACAAUGCCCACCUCAAACCCCCGUACCCCAUCUCCCGAAUUCGGAGGUCUCAAUGUCGGCAAGUAUGACGUACAAAACUUGACGUUGAGCAACUCAAACCUAACGUUGGAACAACAAUGCUUUUUGACGAUGUUUAAUAAAUUUUUGGUUCUGACGUCGAUUUGACCAUUAAAUUUUGGUCAUUUGCCAACCAAUAUUCUACAACACAAACACAACGUUGAAACAACGUGCUUUUUGACGUUUACUCAAUGUCGGGUUGUGACAUUGUUGAUUUGACAGUUGAAUUUUGUGGAUGCAACGUUUGACACCAACGUUUUUCUCAAUUUACAAAUACAACUAUUUUGCAAUGUUUUAAUUAAUUUAAAAAUAAUUAUUUAAUUAGCGCCUACCUCCGACCACCACCAAACAUUCAUACAGCGUGACGAGGAUGGCGGAUGACGGAAUCGAACCAGGAACCCUUAAGUUGCCGCCCCUUUAAAUUAAUAGGCGUGUAUUUUUCUUUGUUAAAGUUUCAGCCUGUAGUGAUUGGUCAUGUUUGCCAACCAAUCUUGCGUACCAUUUUGUAAACAUCCAUCCAUUUUCUACCGCUUGUCCCUAUCAGGGUCGCGGGGCGGUGCUGGAGCCUAUCUCAGCUGCUUGUGUUCAUCAAAUUUCGUGGUUAUUUGCCUGAAAGGGGAACUGCAAUUUUGCCUAUCGUUCACAAUCAUUAAGAAAGACAUGACAACAGAUGGAUUUUUUUUUUAAUGCAUUCUAACUUGUAAAUAAAGUCCACUUACAGCGGAGCCAAUGGGAGGUCCUCUUGUUCCCCCAUAAAAACUCUAUAAAUAAUCAUUCAAAAAGCGCCAGAAAUACCCCAUUUACAUUUCGUAACUUGAAUAUUCACCAAGUAUUAGUGAUAUUGUUAUUAUAAGCGCUAACACAGACAAAUUAUAUAUAGCGGUGACGUGAUCAUUACUGUGUCCUUAUGUUUACAUCAAUGAGUGGUUUGCUGUUUCCUUGCUUCCCUGCACCCUGGAAGUUUUUUGUAGACCAGUGGCCUAGUGGUUAGAGUCUCUGCCCUGAGAUCGGUAGGUUGUGAGUUCAAGUCAUGCCAAAGACUAUAAAAAUGGGACCCAUUACCUCCCUGCUAGGCACUCAGCAUCAAGGUUUGGAAUUGGGGGUUAAAUCACCAAAAAUUAUUCCCGGGUGCGGCCACCGCUGCUGCUCACUGCUCCCCUCACCUCCCAGGGGGUGGGUCGAAUGCAGAGAAUAAUUUCACCACACCUAGUGUGUGUGUGACAAUAAUUGGUACUUUAACUUUUUUUAAAUCAUGCUUCUCUCAUGGACAGAAGAAGUCUGAGUAGGUAUUCCGACAAGUUGGUACACUUUGACAGCCCGAAAAGGACCCGAAGAUAGCAACAAAAACACAAAAAGACCCCACACCCCUCCUUUUUUGGUGAAGAUUAUCAAUCAACCAAAGUUUAUUUAUAUAGCCCUUGAUCACAAGUAUCUCAAAGGGCUGCUCAGAUCCCCUUAAAAGUCAUUCUUCAUCUAAAUGGGAACAUAUGAACAUCCUAACAGUCUGCAUUCUAAUGACAGCAGACAUUGCACAGUAUGUGAUGUUUCAUUGUGUCUGUUGGCUCUCAAAAAUUAUUGCCGUGAGCAGAAAUCAAUGAUCCUAAAAAUGUCAUCUGAAGUGUGCAGUGGUUCAAGACAAGAAGCGUUUGCUUCCACAACAAAUCCAUCUUGCGAAAAUUAAAAAUUAAGAUUAAGGGUCCAACCCUUGAUUUCAGCAUCAAAAUAAUGACAUUGUGUGCGGGCAGAAACUUGAAGGUUCCUGGUUCUAAUUCGGCUUCCGCCAUCUGUGUCAUCGGACAAGACCCCGGUGCCACCCACACCAGUGUAGAUGUAGCUUAAUGUAUUUGUCGUCUCAAUGUAAAGCGCUUUGAGUCAGAAGAGAAAAAGCGCUAUGUAAAUAAAAUCUACCUCCCAUAGUAAGAAUAAAAGGGGCUUGUCUCCAUUAAAAGCACAAAAUAACCCUUUGGCAACUUGAACGACUUAAAAAUAGGACUCAAGUCUUCCUUUGUGUGACAAAAGUGGACAGAAAUAGUUGUAAUUUAAUCAUUCGUGUUGAGGCUCUGAAACCCCAAAGUAACAAAACAAGCCAUUCUCAUCUUGUUUUUAAAUUGCUGCUGAGCAUUUCAACACUCCUAUCUUUGGAGAAGUACUAUGCAAAUGUAGGGCAAAAAAAGACUAGAAAAGCAGGCAAAGAGUACACUCAAAUACAGCUGGGAUAGUUGCCGUACACACACACUUACAAAUAAGGUGGAGCAGAUGGCGUCCAUAAAGUAUGUGGAAUUUGCAAGGAAGGAAUCAUCAGUGAAUAGUGAAUAAUGUCCUGACAAACCAAUGGUGUUGCAAACUUAAAUGGUGCUAAGCAGAACAAUAACACAAUACCCAAUAAGUAAUAGAUGAGUACGUUGAGUUAAAACAAAUAAAAACUGUGAAAAUAGAGAAAGAGACUCACACUGCCACCCCGAUGAGAGUUUCAGAAAAGAAGGGCUGGCGGGGAGACUCCUGACAUAAUUAGAUCACUUGGAUGCCCCUCAAGGACUGAACCGUGCCAAGCCAAGCUUGUGUGUGAAAGGUCUCGGCCGAAGGUGUCGCCCGGGUUGGUUGGGCUUGCAAAGGUUAGCUGAGGCUGCGCGGGAUUGUCGCUUUUUCUAAAUGCCGCCACUGUUCUGUGGAAACAGGACUGAUACAGAAGGAAGGGCACCAGGUUUGCUGUCCUUUGGAGUUGGAGCGCCCAUAGAGGCGGGAUGGCACAUGUGAGUUAAAGUUAAAGUACCAAUGAUUGUCGCACUAGGUGUGGCGAAAUAGUCCUCUGCAUUUGACCCAUCCCCUUGUUCACCCCCUAGGAGGUGAGGGGAGCAGUGGGCAGCAGCGGUUCCGCGCCCGGGAAUCAUUUGUGGUGAUUUAACCCCCAAUUCCAACCCUUGAUGCUGAGUGCCAAGCAGGGAGGUAAUGGGUCCCAUUUUUAUAGUCUUUGGUAUGACUCGGCCGGGCUUUGAACUCCCAACCUACCAAUCUCAGAGGAAUCAGGUGUCAAACACAUCGGGGCCACGGAAGCACUCACAUGGGUCAUGUCACGAUAUUUUGCGACAGUUAUGCAAAUUCAGCAAAUUAUGCUUGGCAUUGCACAUUUUUGGCCAAUGGAAUCUGCCUGAGCGGCACUUGAAUGCAACGCAGUGGUCCUUACACUUUUUUUUCCAUAAAGGAAAACCUCAGAAAAAAACCUGGCUUUCCAAGUAUCAGCAUUAAAAUACAGUAGCACAGUAGGCCUAAGUGUGUGUUAAAAACAUGGCAGAGGUUUUACUGCAUAAGUGUACAUUACACACAGUUUGAACAGUAACACUGUGUUUGCACAUAGGAAAAAAAAUCAAAACUGUAGUGAUUCUUUGGCGUACCUCUAGAUCAGUGGUGUCAAACUCAAAUACAGAGCGGGCCAAAAUUUAAAGCUGAACAAAGCCGCGGGCCGAGGUUGAACAAAUCAACCCUUUAAUAGGGACCCAAACAAGUUUUGCAUUGAAUAUUGAACAAGCAAGGCUUAUUUAACUUUAUAGUGACAUGCAAAAUCCAGUUUCAAAUAAUAAUAAUUAAAAAAUAUCAAUGGCAUGUCAAAUAAAAAAAAAAACACAAAUUUAAUGCCUUUUUUCGGCGGCGGGUUUGAGUUCGGGCGGGGUUUGGUGGUACCGGGGGUGUAUAUUGUAGCGUCCCGAAAGAGUUUGUGAUGCAAGGGGUUCUGGGUAUUUGUCCAGUUGUGUUUAUGUUGUGUUACGGUGCGGAUGUUCUCCCGAAAUGUGUUUGUCAUUCUUGUUUGCUGUGGGUUCACAGUGUGGCGCAUAUUUGUAACAGUGUUUACCUUGUUUAUACGGCCACCCUCAGUGUGACCUGUAUGGCUGUUGACCAAGUAUGCAUUGCAUACACUUGUGUGUGUGUGUGUGUGUGUGUGUAAGAGCCGCAUAUAUUAUGUGAGUGGGCCGGCACGCUGUUUUUAUGGAUGAAAAGCGGACGUGGCGACAUGUAGAGAACGCCAAAAGCAGUGCUUUUACAGCCCGCCCCCAAUAUUAUUGUCCGGGUGGAAAUCGGGAGAAAUUCAAGAGGCGCACUGAACUUCGGGAGUCUCCCGGGAUAAUUGGGAGGGUUGACGAGUAUGAGUAUUAGCGGUGAAUGUGGUGUUACAGCGGCGGGCCAACUCUAAUGUUAAUUUGAUAUUGCCUCAAGCGCCAAAUGAAAUUACACGGCGGGCCAAAUUUGGCCCGCGGGCCAGAGUUUGACACCCAUGCUCUAGAUGAAGCCCGCGUACCAUACCACGGUUCUACAGUUACUGAUCUAACCAAUCAAACCUCUCCCUGCCUGCAUCUCGGGAGAGUGAGUCGACAACUUUUUAGGAAUGUUGCUGCAAAAUCCGACAUUUGACGCGAGGGUAGAAAGGGGAAAAUAAUGCAAAAACGUCCAAAACGCACAUAACUUCACAAAACACAACUGCGGGGAAAAACGCACAACAACGUCCUUACGGAGAAAACACACCUCGUUAAAUCGGUAACUCUAUAAGAAAAGUUGUUUUUUUCUGGGCAUCCUUAUGCUUUUGUGUAUCCCUCUCACACCUGCUACCACUUGUACCACUUACUUCCUGGUAGCAUGCUCACUAUGGAGGCCCAAAUGGGACAGAAUUAAAUCAAUGUUUAGAAAAAUUACUUACUGUACGUGUGUCAUUAAGUAAUCAAACCAUAAAAAAAAUGAUGUUGUGUAAGCAUGGCGGGGAGCGGGAAGGGGGUGGGGGGUCUCGAGGGUUAGCCAGUGUCACGUUUUGAGUGGCACUAAAUAAAGAUUAGUGCGAUGGGAGCUCGUUUUCCGAACAAAAGUGACGCGUGCGCCGUAAUGGGGGCUGGGACUACGCUCCUUGGAGGGUGCAGCAAUCAAGGAGACUCCAUGCCAAAUAAUCAAACCUUAACAUGUGUGUGUGCGAGUGUGUGUGCGUGAGAGUUAAUACCCCAUUGAAGGGAUUUAGGUCGGGAUGAGGAGUUUGACUGACAGGCUUCUACUUUGUCGAGUCAUCAUGACACACACACACACACACACACACACACACACACACACACACACACACACACAUACACACACAGGUUAUAAUUUGGAAUGGGGACCAAGUUGUUGUUCAUGACUUGUGGGGACCACGCUUUUUACAGGUUGUGGAGGCAUACAUUUUUUUUUUUUAGGUAAAAUGGCCACUGCCCGUCUUUGAAUCUCUGGAUUGAUGAAGUAAUGUGCUAAUCAUUCUUACUGGAGACCCUGGGGAAAAAAGAGUUAAUAUGGUUCAUGGGGACCAAAUUUAAAUAAUUGUUCAUAAUUCACACAAAUUUGUACGUGACUACUGAGGACCAUUUAAAAAGAAUGUGCCAAAGCUUAAAAAUCACUUGGGCAUCUUCAGAAUGGAUCUGGCUAUCAUUUAAAAAGGUUUUCCUUUUAUGGGACCUGUUUUUUUUUUUGUCCCCAUACCGUCAGAGGUCCCCUAACAGUGACUGUGUAAACAGAGCGAUGUCCCCAUUAAGUCAGCAUUGUCAGAACACACACACACACACACACACACACACACACACACACACACACACUUACUGCAUUUACUGGUUAUUCCUUUGGAAUCGGGACCAAGUUGUUGUUCACUACUUGUGGGGACCUCCCUUUCUACAGGUUGUUGAGGCAUAAAAAAAAUAGGUAAAAUGGCCACUGCUCAGUUAGCUCAUACACGUCUUUAAAUCUCUGGAUUGAUGAAGUAAUGUGCUGAUCAUACUUACUGAGGACCCUGGGGAAAAAGAGUAAAUAUGGUUCAUGGGGACCAAAUUUAAAUAAUUGUGCAUAAUUCACACAAAUUUGUACGUGACUAUUGAGGACCAUUUAAAAAAUAAAAUAGGCCAAAGCUUAAAAAUCACUUGGGCCUCUUCAGAAUGGAUCCAACUAUCAUUUAAAAAGGUUUCCCUUUAUGGGACCUGUUUUUUUUGUUGUCCCCAUACCGUCAGAGGUCUCCUAAAAGUGACUGUGUAAACAGAGCGAUGUCCCCAUUAAGUCAGUAUUGCCAGAACACACACACGCACACACGCACACACACACAGGUUAUCACUUGGAAUGGGGACCAAGUUGUUGUUCAUGACUUAUGGGGACCUCCCUUUCUACAGGUUGUGGAGGCAAUAGGUAAAAUAAUUGUUCAUAAUUCACACAAAUUUAUACGUGACUACUGAGGACCAUUUAUAAAAAAUUGGGCCCAAACUUAAAAAUCACUUGGGCCUCUUCAGAAUGGAUCUGACUAUUAAUUAUAAAGGUUUCCCUUUAGGGGACCGUUUUUUUUUUUGUCCCCAUACCGUCAGAGGUCCCCUAAAAGUGACUGUGUAAACAGAGCGAUGUCCCCAUUAAGUCAGCAUUGCCAGAACACACACAUUCCCAUAUUGGGGGCGGGAAGGUUACGUCCUUGUCAUAAAACGGGGACACACACAUCGACGGCCUAAAGGGCCGGUGUGUGUGUGUGUGUGUGUGUGUGUGUGUGUGGUAUCUGAUGGUGUUGUCACCCUGCCAAGCCAUUCAUCAAGUCAGGGCCGCACGUGAGCGAUCCGGACGACCUAAAAACACGCACUCACAUGCCAGCGGCGGCGGGGUUUAAACGUGGCGUUAUCGGAGAGGACCGUCAGAGACGCUACCGGUGCUUUUGUCAAUGAGCUGCGGAAAAACGACUUGUUGCCAAAUGGAUCGCGGCCAAAAGUGUUUUUGUGGGUUUGGAACGCAAACAACCCAACAAAGGCCCUAUUUUAUUUUGACAUGUUGUAACUGAAUCUACAUGACACUUAUUUUUACUACAUCUUGCUUAAGGCUCUAUGAAGAAAAUAUUUUUCCACACAAGUGACCAUCCUCUCCCCACAGUUAUGGGGUCUCCCUUACUCCACCAACAACACUUUUUUUUUCUGCUCACCAAUCAAUUUUGCCUGAACUGAAAAUAGCAUUGCAGGUUGGAAAAAAAAAGGUUUUCUUUAUUUUUCCCAAGCUGUCCCACAUCCUACUUUAGUAACCCUUUAUAAUAAGUACACAUUAUAAAGCAUUAAUCAUCAUUUGCAAAGCAUGUUUCUGACAUGCUAUAUGUUAACUAUGUUAGCCAAUUGUAAAUUAUAUAUAUAAUAAUGAAAUAAAUUAUUUACAUACAAAGUCAAAAUCAGUAUUUCUUAACACUUUGUUGGGCCACAAAUAUCUUGUUUCUCAGCUGUGCAACGUUGCAAUACACUUUUCCGCCACUUGGGGCAGUAACGGUGUAUAUCAAACAAACAGAAGUUUGAAACUAAAGUCAGAGAAGUUUCUCAAGCGCAAAAAAUAUGAUUAAAGUGGUGAAUCUGUAUUUUCAUUUGCAUUUAAAUUUUGGCAGUUUAUUUGAAAACCUUUUCAUCUUUAUUUUAUUUCAAACAAUUGUAUGUUUAUAUUUUUCACCAGUCCCAUCUUUUUGCAGUAUAUUUGAUUUGUGUUCAUUUUUGUAAUCAGGCUGGCCUAAGCCUCGACAAUCUUUGUGAUUGACGCAACAUCAUUUGACAGGGUUGUAAACUGUGAGUAGGUUAUAUACAAUUAUUAAUACGAUUAAAAUCAAGAGUACGAUUACAAAUUCAGUUUUAAUAUCAGAGUGGGCCCCAAGCUCCUCUGUAAUGGAAAAGUUGGGCCCCCCAGGUCAGAAAGGCUAAGAACCCUUGGUCUAAAUAGUCUAACAAACUGUUGACAAUACCUAAAUUAAAGGUUUGUCAAUGAUGUAAUACUUGCUGAAUUAACCAUUUAAGUACUAAAAUGCAAGCGUUAAGUAUUGUAUAAAUGAGCUUAAUAAUGAGUAAAAAAUGUAUAACUUUGCUUGUAAACAGAAAAUCAAUGAGUAUUCAUGUUGAAAAUAUGAUUUAUAAAUAAUGACAUUUACGAAGGCUCUAUUAAUGUGAAGGGAAUUUUAUAUACACUAUAUUGCCAAAAGUAUUUGGCCACCUGCCUUGACUCACAUAUGAACUCGAAGUGCCAUCCCAUUCCUAACCCACAGGGUUCAAAAUGAUGUCGGUCCACCUUUUGCAGCUAUUACAGCUUUAGCUAUUCUUGGAAGGCUGUCCACAAGAUGGCGGAGUGUGUUUAUAGGAAUUUUCGACCAUUCUUCCAAAAGCGCAUUAGUGAAGUCACACACUGAUGUUGGUCGAGAAGGCCUGGCUCUCAGUCUCUGUUCUAAUUCAUCCAAAAGGGUUUCUAUUGGGGUCAGGUCAGGACUCUGUGCAGGCCAGUCAAGUUCCUCCACACCAGACUCCUCCAAACUGUUCCCACAAGGUUGGCAGCAUGGUAUUGUCCAAAAUGUUUUGGUAUCCUGGAGCACUCAAUGUUCCUUUCACUAAGGGGCCAAGCCCAGCUCCUGAAAAACAACCGCACACCAUAAUUCCUCCUCCACCAAAGUCCACACCCUGCACAAUGCAGUCUGAAAUGUUCCGUUCUCCUGGCAACCUCCAAACCCAGGCUCGUCCAUCCGAAAUUUCACGAGUGGAUUUGUUGCACAGGUGGCAUCCUAUGACAGUUCCACGCCGGAAUUCACUGAGCUCCUGAGAGCGGCCUAUUCUUUCACAAAUGUUUGUAGAAACAGUGUCCAUGCCUAAGUGCUUGAUUUUAUACACCUGUGGCCGGGCCAAGUGACUUAUUUCUUUAUUUUACAUUUUUUGAUUAUGACACCUGAUUCUGAUCACUUGGAUGGGCGGCCAAAUACUUUUGGCAAUAUAGUGUAUAUUGCUUUCUUUCUAGAAACCUACUAUCAUUUAGACCAGUGUGGGUGGCAGUGGGAGCAAAGUGGGUUAAGUGUCUUACACUUGGACACAAUAGAAGCCAUUAGAAUUGGAUUGGACUACAGGAUUGCUUAUUAUUGUAUUGGAUAGUAGUCUGUUUAUUUCAAUUGUUAGUUUUUUUCCUACCGCACCUUAAGUUGGAGUCUUUAAUCUCGUUAUAUGCAAAUAUAAUGACAAUAAAGUCCAUUCUAUUCUAUUCUAGAAUGGCGGAAGCUAGAUUCGAACCAGGAACCCUCAGGUUUUUUUGGCCCUACCCGCUGAGCCAUGCCCCCCCAAAUAAUGCUUAUAGUGUGUACUUCUAAAGACUUACUUUCACUUGUUGUAGUCCUUGAUUAUUUUGAUCUUUUAUAGAGUCUAUUUCUCAUUUUGUUGGCUUUGGUUUGGUAAAAAAAUAAAUGAAAAAAAUGCAGCUUUUACGUUUUAAACCCAUACUUGAAAAGGAUCUGAUGAUUAUUAUGCAAAACUGUGAAAAAUGCACAAAAGUGUCCUCCGGAGGGCAACUCGAUGUACAAAUAACAGGUUUUUUCAUGAAUGAAUAAAUGCUCCAAAUACGUG